AUGGCAUCGGCCUUGUCGCAAUCAGCCGAGGUAAGACCACGUCGCCCCUCGUAGUAGUAGAACUUUUCAGAUACUGAACGUGUUGACCCGGUCUGGUCCAUCUCGUCCAGGUGGCAGAAGAUAUGUCGCGCUUGAGCCUCUCCGCAGGAUCGAUCGCACAGCUUGAGGCGCAAUUGCAGACUUGUCUCACAGGUCUGACGCAUGCCAGAGAGUUGAUUGGGGAUUUAUCUGCGCUGCAGUCCUCUCUGGCCACAGUCACCGCGGAGGCAGCUCGAUGCUCUGUCGGCACCGAUCAGGCUGCUCAAGAUACUUCUGUGCGCGGUCUCGAGUCCGAUAUUGUCAACUCCGGUCGUGUGGCCCCGACCGGUGGCGCGGUCGAGCCAAAAGCUGGUGAGGUCGAGCAGGAUCGCACUCAAAGUCCGGAAGCUAGCUCUCCCGCACCUGUUACGACACGCGAGACGCGCCUCUUCCUCAAAAGAUGGAUUUCGAUCCGUCCCCGCGCCAAGACAUCCCAAUUGACGAAAGAGACGGCUGCUUCCAACCUCCCGGCCGUCGACAAUGAAGCUGGUGUUCCCGAGGAGCCGACAGCCGAGCCAGCCCCGUUGCCAUUACUCGCUUCUGUAAGGGACGGAUCAAUCCCACAUCAGGGCCCGGCAGCUGGUGCCGAUUCUCCCAAACGAAUGCAAAGGCGAUGGCCACUGCGAGGCCAACGCAAGGCACAAAGCGGAUCGAACGCACAACCAGGGCCCCGAAUCGAGGUAGCAGAGACGUCACAACCAGAAGCCGAAGUGCCAAUUCAAGGAGCGGAAUCUCCAGCUCCAGAACAGACAAACAUCAAGAGCAAACACGCAUCCCGCACUCUCAUCAAAAGGGUCUCCGCGCGUCGCGAUCGUAGCAAAACUAGCGGCAACAAGGUGGCCAGCCGUCUCCUGCCACGACGUAUUUCUAAGCCAGACGGACACGAACGUGACGCUACAGCAUCACGAACCAGUGGAAAGCGGGCGUCGAACAUUCUAAAGGUACGAAAACCUCAGUUGCGUGGCCUCAAGAGGCGCCGUUUCGCCUUGCUGCCACGCCUCAGAUCCCAAGGUGCCAACGGCCACUCAGGUGAGUUGGAAUCUAAUCAUAUUGGCGAAGGCUUGUAAGCCGCGGAGGCAGCUUCGCCCAAAGCCGAGAACCAGUGCACCCAGAGACGGACGCUGCUUACCUGUCGGUCGUCUGCCAUACAGAGGAAGGUCUUCAGCAACGCGUCGACCAGCCCAGCGAUGGCGCGCUUGAGAAUACAGACAGCUCGAUGUCCCCCGCCGCAGGAACCAGCACAGCUCCGCCUGCUCCUGCGCCCAGCUCCGAGGCGACAACCUCUCCAGUCGGUGUAGGACCAAAUCCACACGCGCCCAAAUCUGCGAGCAAAGCAGGGAAAGCAGGUUUGCCUUGGCCCCACAUGCAUGCAGCAGGUGUGGCAGAAGAUGCUGUCGACGAUGCACCUCCUGAAGAAAGUGCGCUGGCCGCAGCUGGCGCGCAAACGUCCAGCGAUGGGGCCACCGCAGGACCUGCGCAAGAAACCAGCGGAAGCGUCGAAGCUGAUGGUCAAGGAGCAGCUGGAUCAUCUCGCAUCUGGCGUCUGGCUGCAAAGUUGCGGCCGCACGUUGGAUCGAGACGACCGCAUACUCAAUGACUCCCAGGUAGCCCGGCUUCUGAUCAUCCGCCCGAGAUACCUCGAGGCCGGGCUACCAAUCCAGGAUGGAGGGCUCGUGGUGUGUUACAGAGUCCUGAGGCACUGCGCCGACUAUACCAUCGACGACACGCUCAUCGGUUCGCGUCGAAUCCAAUUCUAGGAACCUAUCCUGGAGGAAUUUCUCUGCCCGCAACCUCGUCUGGUCCUUCAGCCAACAUUGCGAGUGCAAAUUCAAUCGCAGAGCAAGACGCCGAUGAGCCAGUAGUCGAUGAGCCCAGACGCUCGAGCCUCUCAAUCCGGCAGAUCGCCCGCAGGCUCAAUGAAGACCGGUCCAGACGUGCUGAGGCUCGACUCGCUGCUGCAGCCGCGGAUCAUGUUCCAGCUGAAAUCAUGUCUCAGCUUCCUGUGGUCGGCGCUCGAUACCCAGCUCAUAGUCAAGAGCCUGAUGCGGAGCCCCCGGGCUACUGA